AUUCCCCAUCGUUUUUCCUCGCCGCCGGCAGGCACGGAUACCUUCCUCCCCGACUCCUCGCCGUACUCUCCUCAGUCCGUCCGACCGACCCACCCACCGCAGCUCGAUCUGCCGCUGCCGGUGUACCUCUUCUCCUCCGCGGCGCCCACCCGAACCCCUCCGCCUUUCACGGGCCGCCAUCACCGUUCCCCUUCCCGUCGCCGUUCGAUCUCCCUGCUCGAUAAUUCCGGCAACUGGUUUCUGAGUUUACAAUGGGGAACAUGCUCACCGUCAUGCUUGGAACAACUGCAGUUGUGGAUCGUUGCCAUCCAAGGCAACUCCACCCACGAGCCACCAGCAGCAGCAGGAUAGCAGGCCAUCAGUUUGAACCGCUGAGCAUUCUGGCUUUCAGGGCUAUGUCUGAGCACAUAGGACGUAGUGAAGCGUUCUGUCGAAAGCAGAUAUCGAAUGGCCGGUUUCAACUGCUGACCAUUCUGGUUUGCGGAGCAAUCCGUGCCGAGGGAAUUACAGCAAACGAUCCGUUCAAACUGUGUGGCAUUCUCAUCUGUGGAGUUUUGUCUGACUACAUCGCUCAUGGCGCAGAGGAACCAGCGGUUGAUCUGCUUGGAGACCUUCCAGAGGGCGUGCUGUGCACAAUUUUUUCAAAGUUGUCUCUGAAAGAGGCUGUAAGAACCAGUGCCGUAUCAAGGAAAUGGAGAUACUUGUGGACAGUUUGUCCUAAACUGAGUUUUGACGGAAGUACAAUAUGUGGCAACAACAGAUAUGGGAAACAAGUAUAUGCUCUAGCGUUCAUUCGCAUUGUUAAUAGGGUCUUGGCACAGUGCCGUGGCAAGUUGUUUGAAGAGCUUGCGAUCAAAAUUGAUUUGAACAGGAUGUUUGUUGAACACCUCAAUAAUUGGGUUCGUUUUGCUGUAUCAUCAAGUGCAAAGGCAUUAGUUUUUGAUUUAGCACCACAAGAGCAUCAACUUCCAGGUCGUGAUGGUCAGUACAAAUUCCCAUUUAAGCUUUUAGACAAGGACAGUGUACACCGUCUACAGAAAAUUCAUCUUAGCUUUGUAGAUUUCCAGCCACCAAUGCAGUUUAAUGGCUUCCCUAACCUACGGAAGCUUGACUUAAACUUAGUGAAUGUCAAUGGGAAGGAUAUUCCACAUAUGUUGUCAAACUGCUGUAAUCUAGAGUGGCUGAGUAUGGUUAGAUGCCAUCUCAAUGGUGAACUAAAGGUUAAUGGCCCGCUGCCUCAUCUACUGCACUUGAAACUUGUGUACUGCGAUGUAACAAGUAUAGCAUUCGAUACGGUGAAUCUUGCAACUUUUAUAUACAAAGGAAGGAAGGUGCCUAUUGACCUCAAUAAAUCAUUAGAACUGGUAUGUGCAGAUAUAUGGUUUUCUACAGUCACUUUUGAGCGCGCCAUUACUUUACUUGGUAAAGUGCUUAAAAAUGUGCAACAUCUAACCCUCGACAUGGACUGUAAACCACCAGAGAUUCCCCGUUUGAUGCAUUACCGAUGCAUGUUUUCUAGAAUGACAUAUUUGCAAUUGAGGUUGGUCUAUGUCGAAGGAUUGGAUGUCUUAUCCUUGGUCUCUUUUCUGAGGUCUGCUCCUUUCAUUGAGAAGUUAGAGCUGCACUUUUGUUUCCCUGGUUAUAUCCAUUUGGUACAAGAACCUGAAUCUAUCAGGAAGCUACCGGAGUGUCUGUUCAACAACUUGAAGAGUUUGCAUGUUACAGGAUUUAAAGCAUGCACUGGCCAAGUUGAGUUCCUUAUGCAUAUGGUGGAAAAUGCCCCUGCAUUGGAAGGUUUAACUAUAGAUCAAUCAGAAAAAUAUCUCCUAGAAGGUCAUAAAAAGGAUGCGAAAACGGUUAUUGACCUGGUCCAUAGAACUGCUAAAAAGUAUCUUGAAGGGAAGAUUUCGCCCAGGUGCAUCUUAAUGUUACUUUAACAAAUCUGUUGACAUUGGGAUGCACAGUGCAUAUCUAGCUAGGGGCUGGAAAAUCCAAUGCGUCGGCAAGUUGCCGCUAUGUAUUCUUGUGCACGGUCCAUUAUAUUGAAUAAACAUACUUCCCUUUUGCAUAAA